UCAUCUCGUAUGCAGCGUGACCCAGAGAACUCUUUCUCUUACUCAGACUGGCAGGACCUCGUUAAUACCCUGUUGAAAAUUGAGCGUGCACUAGGUCGCCCUGCCUGUACUUUCUACUCCAUUUGAGAAGCCGUCUUCUCUCUCAAUCUUGUCCCAAAUAAUCAUGCAUACCACUUCGAUAUGGACGCCGUGCUCUGGAUGCCCAUGCCCAGACCAUCACUUGCCAUCUUGCACCUUCCCCGUCGAACCAUCUCUCUCAGAUGAUCCCCAGUGGACGCACCUCACGCGUUCGAACAACCCGCCUUCACAGUAUGAAGAGUUCGUACUGUCUGGUAUGAUAUCAGCAUACGAUCAACAGAUUAAAGACAUUGACAUGGAGAAGUCCAAUCUCGAAGCCUUCUCCCUCUCCCUGAAGGCCCAGAUCAUCGCUGUUUUCCAAAGGAUGGAUGUGCUGCGCCAGGAGCGCGCACGAGUUACAGAGGCAGUCCGCCAAAGGCAGAAUCUUCUUAAUCCUGUCCGGCGCCUCCCCCCGGAGAUACUCAAUCAUAUCUUUCUCGAUACCAUCGAUUUCCCGGUGCCGAGGACGCUGAUCAUCCAGGAGGAAGAGGAUGACUCCAAGCUAUCCGAUUGGAAAUUUACACCCACAGAGAGCUCUUUGUGGUCAAUUACAGAAGUUUCUAAAAAGUGGAGGAGCGCGUCUCUUUCAUCCCCGAGACUCUGGUCUUAUGUCAAUAUCGUAAUCACCGACUCAAAUUUUGACGACCAUUCUUAUAUUCGACAACUUGGUCUACAGUUGGACCGCUCGGCAAGAUAUCCCUUGUCAAUUUCGAUAUGCCGUAUGGCGAAGGAUUUUUUGCCACAAGACCUCCCUCCGCAGUUGGUGGCUAUCAUGUUUUCAUUUUCCAGUUGCAUUCGAGAACUCCAUCUCUACGUUACCGCACACAUGUUUUCGCAAAUGAGCGACAUGCGGUUAUCCUUACCAUCUUUGGAAUAUUUGGUCCUCCUUCGUCAGGAUGGAGGAAUCUUGGGAACAAUCGACCGCUUGCGUUUGUUCUCGUCCACUCCAAAAUUACAAUCGCUCGAUGUAAUAGAUUGGGAAGGCGACCUUGAGCUUCCUCGGAACCAAGUAAAGAAGUAUUUCAGCGACCAUAAGUGCAUAGGAUCUCAACAUCCUUACCCUCUUGACAGGGUGCAUCAUCAUCUGAAUACUCUCAGAAAGUUCCAACAGGUGGAAGAAUGUGCUCUAAGGUUGGGUCGUGUAUCACAUCGGCGGGAUUUUGGGGACAAUUUUUAUCCUCUCAUCUGUCCGCAGCUGCGUGUGUUGGUUCUCUCCUCUUGGAUCAUUGACCGUACCGCAAAGUAUUCUGCCUUUGGACAAGUCGCUAAGAGACUUUUUUUGCCAGCGCUUUCCGCGCUGAAGGUCGCAUGCUCUCAAAAAGACAAAUGCGAAGCGCAGGAUGUCUUUUCUUCGAUAUGUCGUCUUCUCCAACGUUCGCAAUCCCCGAUUACCGUACUACACUUCGACCACGGUCAUGUUCGCACCAAAGAUUUACUCCAGCUAUUCCAUACUGCACCCUUUCUUGAGGAUUUGCGACUAACACGCCUAGGCGCAGGUCCUGUCUUCACCGACGAGGUCGUAGAAAAGCUCACCGUCGACCAUGUUUCCUCGGAUGACCCGCUUCUUCCCCGCUUGCAUACUCUGUAUAUACCCAGUGGAGAUUUUAGCACAUCAUACAUUGUCCGUAUGGUUCGCUCUCGUAGGAGUGGUGGAAAUUCUGGCCGAGUUGAACCCUUACAAACUCUUCGAUUUUGUUUCUCAGGCCCGCGUCCUGUCUAUGACCCUGCAAUGGACGAACUUAAGGAGUACUACGCCGAAGGAUUCUCUUUAGGUACAUGUUAUAUUGAUCCAUGAUAACCACAUAGUUUUCAGCACCGGAAUAUAUAUUGUUCCCUUUGAAAACGAUUGGUCUAGACUCACUUCUUUGUCAUUCCGCCAUCUCGUGCUCGUUACCACCGAAUAACCCAAUGCCAUGCCUUCGAUAAGCGCAUUAUCUGGACUUCGCAAAGACCACGAAAAAAACAC